AUUUUCAGUUUGCCUAUCAGUGCCGACGAAAAUAGUCACUUGACCAAUAUGUUUAAACUAAGAGUACCAAAGUUUUUGAAAUCUGUGAGAUAUUGUUUAGCAGGUGUAAAUGUGUUAUUUCUGCUCACUGGUCUGAUGCUCCUGGCAUUAGGUAUAGCAGUGCUGCUGGUAUACCAAGAAUAUGAAGAGUUCAUAACGCAGCGGUUCUUUUCGUUGCCAAGCUUCGUGAUUGCUACAGGCGCAAUAAUUCUCGUUACGUCUGUUCUCGGGUUCUAUUGCGCUUAUUCGGAACAGUUUUACUUCAUUCUUGUGUACGUAAUUCUGACAUUGGUUAUUCUGGUGUUCGAAAUGGCAAUAGUAAUAACAAGCUUUGGGUUAAGGAAUGACGCAUCAUCAGAAAUCAGGACGACGAUGCUUAGUUCUUUGCAGCAGUAUGAAAAUCGGCGGGAGGUGGCCAUUUUGUGGGAUAAUUUGCAAAUUGGGUUUGAAUGCUGCGGCGUGGCCGGGCGCCAUGAUUGGCCACAAAACCGCCUACCCGUGAGCUGCUGCCUCAUCGAUUUCGGCACCAUCUCGCCCUUUGAGUGCACCACCAACAACGCGUACAUGACGGGCUGCGCCAGCGUACUAGGCGAGUGGCUCAGCCACAACGCGCACGUCAUGGCUUACAUCGCGCUGCCUGUUAUGGUGAUACAGGUACUCAUAGUGUUGGCGUCUGGCUGGUUAGCAUACCGGUCCAAGUUCGAAGAGGUAGAGCUCGAAUCAUGAAGAGAUGGAUGUCACGUUAAAUUAAGUAGAUAUAAGCAUGAGUGCCCGAAUGUGUAAAUAAUUAAGUUUGAAGUUAACUUUUUGAAAAUAAUGUAGGUACAUAUGUUUUUUGGGACAGUGAAAAAUUUGCAAAAUUCCUAGUUACAUCCCUGAAGUGGAAAUGGAGAUAAGAUGUAUUCUAGUUUGAAAUAGAAAUUAGUUUUAUACACCAUUAUACGAGUACUUAGAGCAAUGUCAUUAAUUAUUCAUGCGUUGUUAAGUUGGUUAAUUAGGUAGUUUAAGAAAAAUUAUACGCUAGUUAUCUUAAUUGUCCAAACUACAUUACCGAGACCUUGGUUAAAGCCAAGGUUUGAAGGUAAACCUGGAAAUGUGGGUAUAGUUUAAAAGGUUGACUAAACUCAUAAUAAAUGUUCAUAUAAAAUUUAACCUGAUUUUUGGGACAUUCUGUAUAAAUAAAAUAACAAAGAAAAUAAUUAUGAAGUUGACCAAACGGGUAUCUACUCGUAUAUGUAUUAUUGUAUAGAUACGCAAUGAUAAGUAGGUACUUUGAUAUCGUACAUAAUCAUACUUUGUUCAUUUACCCGUAAUUGCAAAAUAAAAGAAGAAUAGAGAAAUAGAGCGAUAACAAGUUAUGUGAGAUGGCAUUUGUAUUUUUAAAAUAUUUUUUUGUUAAUAAAGAAAAAUUGUUAGAUU